AUGCAAUCUCAUGCUACAGAUGAACAUCUUCGGACCGACUACGAUAUCUCACGCUGCUCAUAUCGACUCUUCGCGUCAAGUAUUUUCGCUGCCCACGCCGAUUACGUCCGUCGACAGAUCAUCUACGGCCUCCUACAAGAAGAUGACCCGAAUACCUUGCACUUAAUCGCAGCCUUCCUCCUCUUCGAUGGUCGGCAAAAUGAGGCUUCGCUGCAUAUGCUGAAUGAGGAGGGCGCCUUUGCGCGGUUGCUAGAGCUCAUCCAGGCGUUGCGCAAGAACGAAAUGGGCGGCGGGGCAGGCCUCCACCGAUUGUUGAUGGACCUAUUGUAUGAAAUGUCGAGGAUUCAGCGAGUGAAGAUUGAGGAUUUGGUGCUUGUGGACGACGACUUCAUUCGGUGUCUUUUCGACAUCAUCGAAGACCUGUCUUUCGAUGUGACGGACCCGUAUCACUAUCCCGUCAUUCGAGUUCUGCUGCUCACACUUAAGCUGCUGUACCUGAUUUUUACAACCCCAAGCACUUAUGAAUACUUCUUUACGAAUGACCUUCACGUCUUGGUUGAUAUCCUGAUCAGGAACCUGCUCGACUUGCCCGAGGAGGCAUCUGCAUUGCGGCACACCUAUCUGCGCGUGCUCUACCCGCUUCUUGCACACACCCAGCUACAGAAUCCGCCACACUACAAGCGAGAUGAACUCAGGCGGGUGCUGAGCAUUCUUGUCCGAGGACAGGUAUCUUACGGAGACGAGGCCGAGCAGGAGAAAAUUCUUCACUUUGAAGAAGUUGAUGAAACAACACGGCGGCUUGUCGGUCGAUGCGCAACUGUGGCGUGGCUACGCGACGUUAAACAGCCCGACCCCGCCCCAGCUGCUGAGAUAGCUUCCCAAGAGGUCACAAUGACAAUCGAUACUGUCCUCGACGAGCCUGUUCAGCAAUCUCCUGUCGACAUCGAACCCGUGGACGUGACUCGCUCUCUCUCGCGCAAUAGCACUAUUGCUAGCUCCCCCGAUACAUCGUCACCUACGCGAAUGGAUUCAAUAGAUUCACGCGCUUCAUCUGAAACGCCAGAGUCUAGACGCAGAUUCAGCACCGCUCAGCGUCUGGGAAUGCAACUAGAGCCAGCAACCUCGUCUUCGCUCAGCGUUCAAGCAGUCGCUUCUCAGCAUGAGAAACCAGGCAUCAUCACUCCUAGCCGGAAGGAUGGCCACGCAGCCACUGAUAUCGUUGCCGAAGCACCAACCCUUCGGCCACCAAAGAUCAAGCCGGAACCACCCAAGACCCGGCGCUGGCGUGGACGCCGUCUUGCCGCCGAUGAUGAUGACCAGCACUCACCUGGCGCAAGCAGUGAUCAUAACACUAUUCCCGAAGGCGUGGAGAUCAGUCCUACAUCUACACAUACAGCCCCGACACCAUCGCCCACCAUCCCAUCUCCACUCUCACAAACCUCAACCGACAGACGCAAUUCAGCUUCAGGCUCUCACCUUGCCCCUCCAGUCCCCGGACAUGCCCGCCGUUCAGCCUCAAACCCACCCCCAGCCGUCCCUCCACCCCGGCGCUCAACUCAGACAACCCCUUCCUCCAGCCACCACCGCCCCACCACCCCAGUAGCUGGGGUCGGAAAACAUGGCCAGGCACCUCCUCCACCCAAGACAAGACGCUGGGCCCGCGGCAAACAACAUGCCCAAGCCGACUCUGUAGAGAGCGGAACGAGCAACGGGAGCCAGCCGAAAGAGACUGAAGCCGAAGCCGUUGCCAUGAGCUCUCUUCCUCCGGUGCAGACAGAGGUAAAAUCCACAGAAGGGACAGUUCAAUCUGACCCAUUCUCGCCAAAGUCACCCACAUCUCCUACGCUAUUAGUCUCCCCGGCGGAGGCGGAUGAGAAGUCAUACGCGAAGGGUGAGCCAGGAGCACCCGUGAGUGUAGAGGAAGCGGUGCAAAAUGUGUCUCUUAAUUGA